CAGACCCGGUGUCCCCGCCCCCGGGAGGCGGUGCGGCAGGCGCUGCAGCGGCCAUGACGGCGCACAGCUUCGCGCUGCCGCUCGUCCUCUUCUCCGCCUUCUGGGGCCUCGUGGGCAUCGCCGCCCCCUGGUUCGUGCCCAAGGGGCCGAACCGCGGGGUGAUCAUCACGAUGCUGAUCACGACCGCCGUGUGCUGCUACCUCUUCUGGCUCAUCGCCAUCCUGGCCCAGGCUAACCCGCUGUUCGGGCCGCAGCUGAAGAACGAGACCAUCUGGUACGUGCGCUUCCUCUGGGAGUGAGCGGCGCCGCACGGAGACCCCGACACCAUCCCCUUCUUGCUGCUGUUCCAGCCUCUGCCCUCCUGUACCAGACAGCCCCAGAGGUGCUGGGACAGAGGCUGGACCCGCUGCCCCAGCGCACCCUCAGCACUGCAAUCUGGACCAGUGAUGACUGGGCCCCUGAAGAUGGCAGGCAGCCCCCCUGCCUGGGAUGAGGGUCUGGUAAUCCUGGCCCUGAGAGCAGCCGUGCUACAAGGGAGAGAAUCUCCUCAGCUGGCCGUGUGCUGCAGUCACUGACACCUAGCACCAUCCUGAGAGAGAUCUGUGUGUGAUCCCAGCAGAUUCUGUCCCUGCAGCACAUGGCCCGCUCCCUCCAGUGCCCUCAGCCCUCGCCCCCCAGGUGAAACCCCUGCUUGUAGCCGUAGAUGCCCUACUACUUGCCAUAUGCCCGGUCAUUUCAGGCACAGUCUGCCCCUCUGCCUGAGAAGGCAGGAGUGUGCAGCAUCCUCUCUUGUUUGGUAAGUUCCCUGCGUUCGCUUAGACCGAUUCCGGCUGUGGAGGUGAGAAGAGAGGGCUGACCCUGGAGAAGCAGACAGAACCCUGUAGGGGUAAUGAGGGAGGUGCUGGGGUGCAGGGCAGGUUCUGCUGCUCAGCUGCUUGCUGGAGGGUGUUAAAGGUGUGCUGCAUCUUCUCCCACCUCAGCAGUGAGGGUGCUGCAGUUGUGUCUUGGCACCACCAUCCCCCAACCUGUGUCUAAGUUCUGAGAAGAGCCAAGUAGGGUGCUGCAGUGUAGGUUUCCCCUUAUUUAUUAGAUAAUUUAUCUGUAUUUAUUUAUUUGUCUGUGUGUAUUAAAUUGGUGUUGUGAAAAUAAACCCUUUUUCUAGUAA